AUGGCCGUGAAGAGGAUCACAGAGACGGUGUGGUUCAGCCAUGAGAUCUAUCUGGUUAAAGAUGCCGGGCUCAUCCAAAUAAAAGGGACCAUUGCUGUAUGGCCUGAUACGCAAGUAGACAUCGAAAGCCUUUCCUUCGACGGCAACGAAGUUGGAGGAUUCAGCGGGAUCGUCUCAGACGGAUUAUGGUUCCGACGCUCAGUCAAUCUUCCAGAUAUCAGAGGACUUGUCACUUUUGAUUUGAAUCACAACUCAGUUUGUGUCCAUAUCGAUGUGAUUAGGAAAGGUGGGGAGCAUAUUGAUCUAUACCAUCCAGUUGCCGUUGCCGUUCUUGGGUAG